AUGUACAGUAUGUUCUAUAUUUACGGGUUGGGUUAUUUUUUUUCAAACGUAAAGAUAGUUGUUUUCCUAGCAGUUAUUUGUAUUACGUCUUCAAUCACUGCGUUAUUGGUAGACUGUCCAUUUGACGGCAAACCGGAUGAUCCAUCAUUCGCGUACAAAUCAAUUGACCCAGGAAUCGAGCAAGAUCACAUUUUUUAUCACGAUAAAUACCAUAAAACCGUCCGUAUGUGUGCCAAUAUAACCACUAUUUAUAAAAACAAAAAACGUGACGGACUGGAUAGUAAUCUUAAUAAAGUAUUUUCGGCACAGUUCAGAGAUAUGGAUAGAGGUCAUAUUACACCGCAUCGUUACGGGGGCACGUAUUCGUCGAAAAACAUCAUAGCACAAAAUCCUAGAUUAAAUAGGGUGACGUGGAAUCAAUUUGAGAACCAGAUAAGCAUAUUGCUACAGACCUGGCCCUACGUAUAUUAUACAGUAAGAUUGAUAUACGGCGAGUGCGAUAAUUCUGACGUUUUCUGUUGUCCGGAUACAUUAAACGGAAUUAUAUAUAACGCAGAUACGAUUUAUGAUGAAAUUAAAGCGUCAAACCCGCGUGGAAGCAAAAGAUCGGAAAUAAAAUAUCCGAAAUAUAUUAGUAGUAUAAACGAGCGGGAGCUACAAUUGAAAUCCAACACUUCAGAAUUUUAUUCGAUUGUAGGCGUGAAAAGUGCAACCAUACGACCGGAAUGCAUUGGUAGUGGGAUUUGCUUUGGCGUUCACGAUAGUACGGCACAGUGUCUUCGAUGUUGUGGUACCUUAAGCAGAGAACAUCAUUGCAUUGAUAUUUAUGUGGCCGAAGACUCCAAGUGUUACCAGUGUGUAUCCGGACGUCGUGAUAUUUAUUCAUUAUGA